AUGGAACCCUCCUUCAAACCUGUCCACAUCUCAUUCCCCGUGCCCCGGCACCCUCAUCUCAACUUCCAUGCACACCUGAGUUUCAUAGGAAAUUGCAGCAUGGUCCUUUUGACCACCACCGACAUUGGCCACACUGAGAGCACUCUACCGCCCAUGGGAAGUUUUGUCUACGCAAUGCCUGCCAUUGGAGACGACCGGAAUGUGAUCAGCACGCCUCUCGCAACCUCGGGCUCCAACAUUGACUAUGCCACUAGAAUGGCCAAGAUACUUGCGCGGAAGAUGAAACAGCCAGUGUAUGUGGGCUGCAGCAUGGAUUUCUCUGGAACAACAGCCGAAGAGGAAAUGGAAGGCUUCGCGGCCGUCGUCGAUCAGAUAAUGGAGAGGUGGGACCUAAAAUCUUGA